GAAAAGUGCUAUAAAUAGACACAAACAUCCCUUGUAUUCCAUUGCAGGGUGCUUUCUUGAUUUGCUUCAAUUACCAUUUGAGUGCUAUAACCAAGAGUUGAAGACGAUGAGUUACAAUAGCUCUAACCGCGUUUCAGGAAGUAGAAAUGUUAGAAUGAAUUCAUUGGAGUUUGGAAGGACUUUUGUGGUGAUGCCCAAAGGAACUCACACUACAACUAUUGUUUGGUUACAUGGCAUUGGUGAGAAGGGCUCAAGCUGGACUCAGAUCUUGGAAAGUUUGCCUCUUCCAAAUAUCAAAUGGAUAUGCCCAAGUGCGCCAACUCGUCAUGUAACACAACUUGGUGGAUAUCCUUGCACUGCUUGGUUUAACAUGGCAAGAAUGUCAGAAGACGACAGCGAAAAUUUGGAGGGAUUGGAUGCAUCAGCAACACAUGUUGCAAAUCUUUUAUCUAAUGAACCUGAUGACGUUAAACUAGGCGUUGCGGGCUUCAGCAUGGGUGCAUCCGUCGCUCUCUACUCUGCAACAUGCCGAGCUCUUGGUCAAUAUGGAAAUGGAAAUCGAUACCCCGUCAACCUUAGUGCAGCCUUUGGACUCAGUGGUUGGCUCCCAUGUUCAAGGUUUUUAAGGAAUAGAAUUGGAGCAUCACAAGAAGCUACAAGGCGCGCAGCAUCACUACCUGUUUUGCUUUGUCACGGUCGAGUUGAUGACGUGGUAGAGUACAAACUUGGUGAGAAAUCCGCACAAACCAUGUAUUCUGCCGGAUUUCAGAACCUAACAUUUCGGGCAUAUAACGGGCUUGGUCAUUACACAAUCCUAGAAGAGCUUAAUGAUGUUUGCAGUUGGCUCGUUGCUUGUCUAGGCGCUUGAAGGAUAUAUAUGUCGUAUCCUACUAUCAACAUAAGAGCAAGUUUGAUGUAUUUGAAUCUCAGAAAGAAUGUACCGCGAUAAGAGUUUGCAACUCAUAAUCUAGAAUAGAUGUAUUUACGUUUUACGUUUUACGUUUUAUUUCUUUCAUCAUGUAUCAACCCCAAAUCGUGUUUAAUAUGAGACGGAUGUGUCACAUGUUUACGGCA